UGCCAACAUAGGACAAUGAAGACCUUGGUGUUAGUGUUGGUGGCAACGUUGGCUACAGGUCAACAGUUCCAGCAGACUGACAUUUUCGACAUUGCUGUAAAACUUGCUGAACCUGGUUUCUUCAGUUCUGGCUUGACUGGGAAAGGCGGCCAGUUCCAAAUCAGUAGCCAAAUCCAGAACACUGACACUGGAGCCCAGUUUGGUUCUCUCAAUUCAGGCAACAAUGGAUUCCAGGCUGGUUUGCAGAGUGGAUUUGGUGUAAGCGGCAGUGGGUUCCAAUUUGGGUCUGCUGGCAGUAAAAUUGGGACUAGCUCAACUGGUUCUGGAUUCCAGUCUGGUUCAUCAAGCCCCGCUGGUUUCCAGCCUGGAUCAAGUGGUAGAUUCCAAUUUGGUUCAGUAUCUGGUACUGGGCUCCAGUCUGCCUUUUCAACUGGAUCAACAGGUAGUGGUAGAUUCCAGUCCAGUUCAACAUCUGCAUCUGGAUUCCAAUCAGGUAAAGGAAGCAGUGGAUUUCAAUCUGGUACAGGCAGCAGUGGAUUCCAAAUUGGAACAAGCAGCAGUGGAUUCCUGUCAGGUUUAACAAGUGGCAAUAAAUUCCAGUCUGGCUCCUCAACUGGCUCUGGAGUUCAAUCAGGUUUAUCAAGCAACACUGGAUCUCAAACUGGCUCAUCCUUCGGUUCAGAAGCUGGCUCUCAAUUCCAGUCUGGUACAAGCAGCAGUGGAUUCCAGUCUGGUUUAACAAGUGGCAGUAAAUUCCAGUCUGGCUCAACUGGCUCUGGAAUUCAGUCAGGUUUAUCAGGCAGCACUGGAACUCAGACUGGCUCAUCCUUCGGUUCAGCAACUGGCUCUAGAUUCCAGUCUGGUACAGUCAGUAGUGGAUUCCAGUCUGGUUUAACAAGUGGCAGUAAAUUCCAGUCUGGCUCAACUGGCUCUGGAGUUCAGUCAGGUUUAUCAAGCAACACUGGAUCUCAAUCUGGCUCAUCCUUCGGUUCAGCAGCUGGCUCUCAGUUCCAGUCUGGUACAAGCAGCAGUGGAUUCCAGUCUGGUUUAACAAGUGGCAGUAAAUUCCAGCCUGGCUCAACUGGCUCUGGAGUUCAGUCAGGUUUAUCAAGCAACACUGGAUCUCAAACUGGUUCAUCCUUCGGUUCAGCAACUGGCUCUAGAUUCCAGUCUGGUACAGUCAGUAGUGGAUUCCAGUCUGGUUUAACAAGUGGCAGUAAAUUCCAGUCUGGCUCAACUGGCUCUGGAGUUCAGUCAGGUUUAUCAAGCAACACUGGAUCUCAAACUGGUUCAUCCUUCGGUUCAGCAACUGGCUCUAGAUUUCAGUCUGGUACAAGCAGUAGUGGAUUCCAGUCUGGUUUAACAAGUGGCAGUAAAUUCCAGUCUGGCUCCUCAACUGGCUCUGGUGUUCAGUCAGGUUUAUCAGGCAGCACUGGAUCUCAGACUGGAUCAUCCUUUGGUUCAGUAACUGGUUCACAAUUCCUGUCUGGCACAAGCAGCAGUGGAUUCCAGUCUGGCUCAACUGGCUCUGGAAUUCAGUCAGGUUUAUCAAGCAACACUGGAUCUCAAACUGGCUCAUCCUUCGGUUCAGCAACUGGCUCUCAAUUCCAGUCAGGCACAAGCAGUAGUGGAUUCCAGUCUGGUUUAACAAGUGGCAAUAAAUUCCAGUCUGGUUCCUCAUCUGGUUCUGGAGUUCAGUCAGGUUUAUCAAGCAACACAGGAUCUCAGACUGGCUCCUCCUCUGGUUCAGCAACUGGUUCUAGAUUCCAGUCUGGAACAAGCAGUGGUCAAUUCCAGUCAAGUUUAACAAGUGGCAGUAAAUUCCAGUCUGGCCCAACUAGCUCUGGAAUUCAGUCAGGUUUAUCAGGCAACACUGGAACUCAGACUGGCUCAUCCUUUGGUUCUGCAACUGGCUCUCAGUUCCAGUCUGGUACAAGCAGCAGUGGAUUCCAAUCUGGUUUGUCAUCUAGUGGCUCAGCAACCGGCACUGGAAUCCAAGGAGUUUCAGCAGGUGUAAGCAGGUUCCAGUCUGGAACAGCAGCUGGCAGUGGAAUUCAAGCUGGUUUAAUAGGUGGAAGCAGAUUCUCAACUGGUUCAACACGUGGUAGUGGACAGUCAUCUGCAUCAUCAGGUAAUACUGGAUUUACAAGUGGUUCAUCUCUUGCUACUGGUUUCCAGGCUGGUUCAGGAAGUAGCAGUGCUUCAUCAGGUCUUGGUGGAUUCCAAUCUGGUUCAAGUGGUACUGGAGUACAGUCUGGCUCAUCAGCUAAUGCUGGAUUCCAGUCUGGCUCAUCAGCUAGUGCUGGAUUCCAGUCUGGCUCAUCAACUAGUUCUGGAUUCCAGUCUGGCUCAACUGGCACUGGACCUCAGUCUGGUUCAGGUGCAAACAGAUUCCAGUCUGGAGCAGCAGCUGGCAAUGGAAUUCAAGCUGGUUCAAUAAGUGGAAGCAGAUUCUCAGCUGGUUCAUCACGUGCUACUGGUUUCCAGUCUGGUUCAGGAAGUAGCAGUGGAUCUGGUGCUUCACUGGGACUUGGUGGAUUUCAGUCUGGUUCAAGAGGUACUGGAUUCCAGUCUGGUUCAAGAGGUGCAGGAUUCCAGUCUGUAUCAUCAACUGGCACAGGGUCUCAGUCUGGUUCAACAACCGUCAGUGGAAUCCAAGGAGUUUCAGCAGGUGCAAGCAGAUUCCAGUCUUCAGCAGCAGCUGGCAAUAGAAUUCAGACUGGUUUGACAGGUGGAAGCAGAUUCUCAACUGGAUCAGCACGCAGUAGUGGACAGUCAUCUGGAUCAUCAAGCAGCAUUGGAAUCUCAAGUGAUUCAGCAAGAGGCAGUGGAUUUGGGGCUAAUUCAGUGGGCAGUGGAUUCACUGGUACCCAGUCUGGUUCAUCCCGUCCCACGGGCUUCCAGUCUGGCUCAGGAAGUGGCAGGGGAUCUAGUACUUUGUCAGGAUUUGGUGGAUUCCAGUCUGGCUCAAAUGGAGGUGGAUCGCAGUCUGGUUCUGGAAGAAUCCAAGGUGGUUUAGCAGGUUCAAGGAGAUUCCAGUCUGGAGCAGCAGCUGGCAGUGGCAUUCAGACUGGUUUGACAAGCGGAAGCAGAUUCUCAACUGGUUCAGCACGUGGUAGUGGACAGUCAUCUGGAUUAUCCGGCAGUAUUGGAUUUUCAAGUGGUGCAGCAAGCGGCAGUGGAUUUGGGGCUAGUUCAGUGGGCAGUGGAUUCACUGGAUCCCAGUCUGGUUCAUCAGGUGCCUCUGGCUUCCAACUUGGCUCUGGCAGUGGAUUCGGUGUUCCAUCAGGACUUGGUGGAUUCCAGUCUGGUUCAAAUGGUGCUGGAUUUGGAGCAGCAGGUGGCAGUGCACUUCAGUUUGGCUCAGACUCAGCUGAUGCAUUUGGUAUCUUUGAGCCUCUGAAUCUUCCUGCAGAAGCCACUCGCUUGCUUGGAAAGAUCUCAACAUCAUUUACCUGCCUUGAGCGGCCUUAUGGAUAUUAUGCUGAUGAAGAAAACUCCUGUCACAUCUUCCACAUCUGUUACCCUGCUCUCUUUGCUAAUGGUGUUAUCGAGACCUCCCAAUACAGUUUCCUGUGUGGUGAGGGUUCUCGAUUCGACCAAAAGGAACUUACUUGUGUGGCAGAAUCAGAAGCUAUUCCUUGCCAGGAAUCUUCCAACUUCUUUUUCAAGAACGAACAGUUUGGUCUUCCAAAGGAGAAGAUUUAAGCCAUUUCAGCCCACUUCGAGGACUUGAUGUAUCGCCUUAUGAACAACUCAUGCGAACAGUUUUGAUAAAUAAAAUAAGCAAGAAAAUGUAAAAAAAAAAAAAAAAUGU